AUGCCCAAAGGCUUCCUGGUGAAAAGAAACAAGCGAGCGGCGCUCGUUUCAUACCGGAUCCGCUGUGAUGAAGAUGCUCAGGCUGCCAGCGGCGCCUCGAGCCCGGACAUCGCCGCCACAUCAUCAUCAGCAUCAUCACCAUCUCCACCGUCUUCAUCCUCCUCUCCACCGCCGCCAACACUAGCAGCCCCGCCGCAGCCGCUGCCUCCGUGCUUGUCGGACGCGCCGCUUCACGCUCGCGCCGCGAACCCUCCUGUGCAGUUCGGCACCCCGGAAGUCGCGUGCCAGCCGCUGUACAGCCCCACGCGGCCCGUCAGCAAGGAGCACGAGCGGACGCGCUACUUCGAGAGGAGUUUUAACCUGGGCUCGCCCAUUUCCGCCGAGUCCUUCCCCUGCACCCCCGCCUCCCUCACCGGCCUGGACCACCUCCUGUUCGCGCCCGUGGACUUGAAGAUCGGCACGAGCCGGAGCAGCCGGACAGGGAGCGCGAGCGGCACCGGAGGUACCAAGCGGCCUCAGGCUGACGGCGCCGAACGGAAGAGUAAAAGCAGCGCCAAGAAACCCAAAGCCAUGCGCAAGCUCCACUUCGAGGACGAGGUGACCACGUCCCCGGUGCUGGGGCUGCGGAUCAAAGAGGGGCCCGUGGAACCAAAGCCGCGCGCAGCCGGCGCAUCCUCGUCCUCAUCCUCCUCAAGCAGCGGCAAACCACUGGGCGAGUUCAUCUGCCAGCUGUGCAAGGAAGAGUACGCGGACCCGUUCGCUCUGGCGCAGCACAAGUGCUCGCGCAUCGUGCGGGUGGAGUACCGGUGUCCCGAGUGCGACAAAGUUUUCAGCUGCCCGGCUAACCUCGCUUCGCACCGUCGCUGGCACAAACCGCGCGCGCAGGCGCAAGCCGGCACCAAAGGUGACCCCUCCAAGCCCCCAGCCGCCCUGCGAGCCUUUACCGGAGCCACUAAGGAGGCCAGCGCGGAGCUGGCGCGCGAGAGAGACUCCUCCUCUUCCUCCUCCUCCUCCUCGCCGCGGAGCCCCGAGGGGUUCGAGUCCGAGUCCGGCUCCGAGGACGGCCGCAGCGUCAAAAGCUUCAAACGGCACGCGCACAAACCCGCCAGAGCCGAGAGCCCGGACAGCGCAGGAUCCUCCGGCGAGGACGCGCCCAGCCCGAGCGCGAGCGCGUCGAACGCGGCCGAGCGCCUCCUCGCGUGUCCCGUGUGCGGCGAGAGCGCGGCCGGCGGCGCGAGCCUGGAGCGCCACGUGCGCCUACUGCACGCCGCCCACGUGUUCCCUUGCAAACACUGUCCGGCCACUUUCUACAGCUCGCCGGGCCUCACCAGGCACGUCAACAAGUGCCACCCCACGGAGAAGAGGCAGGUAGUGCUGCUGCACGUGCCCGUGCGCCCCGCGUGCUGAAAAGUGAGCGAAUGAAGCAGCGGCCUUUAAUCCAAGACUCAUAAAAGGUCUCUAUUCUCAGAUUUUCCCACAACGCCGAGUAGCCUAAAGAAAAAAGUAUUAGUUUGGUUGUGGAAUGGUAUUUUUCUAUCCGUAUUCUAGCUUCUAGACCUAAGAAAACGUCCGACUUCGGUGUACCUCCGUGAAAAAAGCCUCGAAUUCACAUGCUGUACGUUUCCCUCAUCCGUAGCUUUAAUCUAUAGUGUGUGAAUUACAGGACGUGGGGACUUCCUCCUCCGGGAGACUUUCCCUUUAGCAUAUAGAGCCACAAAUGCCUUUAGAGAACCACGUCAAACUCUCGCUGUACAACUGCCUUAAAAACUCGGUGUACUGAUUUUUUUCCCCAAAUCUUGAAUGUCUGCACAUAUUUACGAUUUGCUAUCAUUUUAUGUAAAAUGCCUGUAAUAUGUUUUAAUCGUAAUAUUUUAUUUAUUUAUGUAUUUAUUUAUUAUUUCCAACAGUUUCAUGUGAAUGACUGUGAGUUAAUUCGUGCGUCCUACUGUGUCCCAUCUCGUAGCCAAAAUGAUUUCUUGUCGUCAGGUUUAUGAGUUGUGUAGGCCUGUGUCUUCAGUGGUCUUUACAAUCUACUCAGCUCUUGUAAACGUGAAGCUCUUAUAGAUGCAAUCCUUUUCUAUGAACAGCUUAUUUUCUUAAAUGUUUGCUACUAGCGCUUUAACUGUCCAUGUUGUGUUGUCUACUGGAAAAA